CCCGUAGCUUGACUAACACCAAACUCGUUCCUCCAUUCAAAUCGUCAAAGCGCGCACACGCACACACACACACACACACACACACGCAGACACACGCAGAGAAAAAGUCCAAACUUUUUUUUUGUUUAUCUGUAACUCGGCAAUUGAUUUGUUUAAAGCUCCUCGUUUACCAACACAGUUCCAAUUUGUUUCAAGAAAGAAAACAAAAAAACAAACAAACAAACAAUCGAAUCCAAGUUUUCUCUGCCCGCGUUUUUCAAUUGUUUUCCCAUUUUGAAAAUUUUAGAAAGAAUUGUUUCGUUUCGUUUUGCCUGUUUUAAUUUUUUUUUAUUCUGAAUGCCCUCCACAUACGUACAAACGAAACCGAACCGUUUCAUGUGCUAAACAACAUCUUGCCGCAAAAAAAACAACAACAAAAAAAACGAAAACCAAACCAAUUUCGAAAACUUGAAAACAACAACCGAAAAAAAAAAAAAAAAAGAAAAAAGAAACAAAAAGCAACGGAAAAUGAUCGUGUGGAGUCUUGGACGUCUGGCCACUUGGCUCCUUCAUCUGAUGGUGGACACGUCGUGCAGCGAGUCGCUGUGGCCGACGUUGUUCUUCGUCGUCAUGGCCUGGCUGGCCUCCUACCUGUGGAGGUGGUGGCAGACGUCACGCAACCUGCCGCCCGGCCCGUACGGCUACCCGAUCGUCGGCUACCUGACGCGCAUCAAGCGCGAGUUUCACGAAGAGUUGACGGCGCUCAGCCGCAAGUUCGGCAGCGUUUUCAGUGUCCGGCUCGGCUCCGAGCUGAUCGUCGUGCUCAGCGAUCACAAGCUGAUCCGCGAAGCGUUCCGCCGCGAAGAGUUCGCCUGCCGGCCGGACAACGACUUCAUGAAACUCUUGGACGGAUAUGGCAUCAUCAACACGGAGGGUAAAAUGUGGAAAGAGCAGCGUCGGUUCCUCCACGAGCGUCUCCGUCAUUUCGGCAUCAAGCACAUGGGAGACGGGCGAGACAAGAUGGAGAACAGAAUCAUGACGGAAGUGUGUCAAAUGAUCGACGAGUUGGCCGCCAAGGAGUCGGCGCCCGUCGAACUGGGCUCCUUCCUCUCGUCGGCCGUCUCCAACGUCAUCUGCUCGCUCUUGAUGAGCGUCCGUUUCCGCCACGACGACCCCAAGUUCAUCCGAUUCACCAACCUGAUCGACGACGGUUUCAAACUGUUCACCGUCACGGCCGCCGCUGGUUUCAUCCCCAUUCUCAAAUUGCUGCCAGCCUUUAAUUACGCCUUCAACAAAAUCCGCCAGAAUUUCUGCGAAAUCAGCAACUACUAUCAGGAGAUCGUCGACGACCACAAGCGCUCGUUCGACCCGAACAACAUCCGCGACGUCAUCGAUUCCUACAUCCUGGAGAUCCAGAAAGCCAAAGAGGAAGGACGCAGUGAGCAGUUGUUUGACGGCAAAGACAGCGAUCGCCAGAUGCAGCAGAUCAUCGGCGACAUGUUCAGCGCUGGGACGGAGACGGUCAAGACGACGCUGCAAUGGGCCACCGUUUUCGCUUUGCGCGAGCCGCAGAUGCAAGCGCGCGUCCAGGAAGAGCUGGAUCGCGUCGUCACGCGUUUCCGCAUGCCCACGCUGGACGACCUGCCCAACUUGCCCUACACCGAGGCCUUUAUCCUGGAAGUCAUGCGCCGAGCCACGGCCGUCCCUCUGGGCACCACUCACUCUACGUCCAGAACGACGACGUUGAACGGGAUGACGAUACCCAAAGGUACUCAAGUGAUCCCGCUGAUCCACGCCGUCCACAUGGACCCAACUCUGUGGAAGGAUCCGGAGCUGUUCAAUCCCGAUCGGUUCCUCAGCGCCGACGGGACCAAGAUCGUCAAGCCCGAUUACUUCAUCCCGUUCGGAGUUGGACGGCGAGUCUGUCUCGGCGACGUGCUGGCCAAAGCCGAGCUUUUCCUCUUCUUCUCGUGCCUCUUGCACACGUUCACGCUGACCGUGCCGGAAGGCGCCAGCGUUCCAGACCUCAGAGGACAAGCGGGCGUCACCGUUUCUCCCCAAGCGUUCCAGGUGUGUGCAAAAGCUCGAUACGUUGAGAACGUCGUCGAAGGUGAAACGCAGUCGAGUGGAGAGCCUUUCAACGUUUUCUCCUGUCUUCCAUAUUUGAGCUGUCCAGUGCAGUGAUUUUUUUUUUUUUUUGUUUUUGUUUUUAAACUUAUAUAAUUAUCAAAAGAGAUUUUUGAGUCAUGGCGAUCAACAGAGCUCAAAUCCCCCCCCCCCCCACUUUUUUGUUUAAAAAAAAAAUACUUGUACAUAAAAAUGUGAAAAUUUGUUCUUGUUUUUUCUAAAAAAAAAAAAAAAAAAAAAAAGAAAUGCUAUUCGCUGUGAUUGUGUGUCUUUUUGUUCGACCGACGGAAGAUUUUGUUUGAAAAAAAAAAAAAAAAAAAAAAAACAAAAUUAUUUCGGAAGAAGGAGAAAAAGACCCGCCAUUAUUCAAAAACAAAAAACACAAAACAAAAAAAAAAAACAACAGAAAAAAAAAAAAUGUUUAAAAAUUUCCACCAAUUUUGUACAUAAUACGUCACAUUAUAUGAUCGGAUCUCUUGUAUUCUUUUGUAUCAUUUCUCCUCAUCCGAUUCCAAUUUUUUUUUUUUAAUUUCUAAAUUAACGCAAAAAAAAAAAGAAAAAAAAAAAAAAAAAUUAAUUAAAUGUCCACCUCCCCCUCCCCCCAGUCCGCAGAGAUUUUUUUUUGUUUUUUUAUCAACGACGAUCUCUACCUCUUUCCCCGGUCAAUGUCGUCGUUCUUUUGUUUGUUUUUUAAAUUUGCUAUCUUCUUUCUCACAUUGCGCCACGUCAGUGCUCCUCCCCCACGCCCCUCUGCGAAUUCAUUUUUUUUUUUUUGUUUGUUUGAAUGUUCAAAAAGAAGAGAAAAUGUUGUUGUUGUUGUUGUUUUUGCUGUACAUAAAUGGAAAAACCACAAGUGAA